AUGUACUAUAGCUCCAGAUCUGAAUUUUUUGCCGCUCACACUAAAGAGGUACGGGAUCUUCGCCACCAUCUCCAUGAGUUAGAGAUGACACGUGAACAGGCCUUGAAGGAAGUUAACGAACUACAGCUUCAGACCCGCUUGGCGGAAGAGGCCCGUGAUUUGAGUCGUGCAGAGCUACAUGAGACAGUCCUCCGUCUCAAAGACAUGGAAGAAAUUCGCGACACAAAUAGAAGAGACAUCACUGAACUGAAGCGCCGCAUAGCUGAGUUAGAACGGGAACGUUCUACACUGGAGACCUCGAAUUCGGAUCUCAGGCGGCAACUUAAAGAGAGGCGAGUGAAAGGGAUUCGUAAGUUGGUUCCACCGGAGGCCGUGGGUGGUUGCCUUGUGGUUGUAGCUUUGUGUGAAUUGGUCCUCGGCGCAUCGCCCUGCCUCCUCGAUCAAUCCUUGCUGAGUUUUCGUAUGUCAUGUGACGGACAUCGUCAGAGCAGGGCACCAUGUUUGACGAUAAUUCACGAAAAACAUGAAGGCAAGAACGGUGGCCGGCUUCAAGCCUACUUUCUUUUUAUAGCCCAAUUUGGUCCACUUAAUUAG